AUGAUCAUAUCAAGGUGUGAUAAAGUAGCACCCAUGAUUCUUCAUUGUCUAGUUUUAGCCUUUUUUCUGAGAUGCAGCUUCAUUAGUUGUUUGUCUCACCCUUUAGACCCUCUCUCACCUGCUGAAAUCAACAAAACAAGGCACGUACUUCAAGAGUCUUACCUUGGUGCUAUUCCUAAUAUGACCUAUCAUUUUGUGGAUGUCGAAGAACCAGACAAAAAGGAUGUCCUAAAGUGGCUAACUUCAAGUACAAAAGACAAGCCUAUUAUUCUUCGUCAAGCCAAGGUAGUCGUUCGAGCCAAGGGUGAGACUCAUGAGCUUGUAGUGGACUUAACCAGAGGGUCCAUUGUAUCGGAUAAAAUCUACAAAGGUCAUGGAUACCCUCCUUUGACAUUCAAUGAGCUUCUUCAAGCCAGCAAAUUGCCUCUUAAAUAUCCCAAAUUCAAGGAGUCAAUAACCAAAAGGGGCUUGAAUUUGUCUGAAGUUUCUUGUGUACCAUUUACAAUUGGUUGGUAUGGAGAACAAAUCACAAGGAGAGCCCUCAAAGUGGCAUGCUUUUACAGGGGAGAAUCUGUUAAUGUGUGGGCAAGGCCUAUUGAGGGAAUCACAGUGCUAGUUGAUGUUGAUUCAAUGCAGAUUACCAUGUACAAUGACAGGUACAUUGCCCCUUUGCCUAAAGCUGAAGGUACAGAUUUUCAAUCUUCAAGCAGUAGCAGGCAAAAAAUAUCUGCUUCAUGUAAUAUAUCAGAAAUUGGGUUCACCAUCAAAGGCCAUGAGGUCAAAUGGGCUAACUGGGUUUUCCAUGUUGGGUUCAAUGCUCGGGCUGGAAUGAUCAUAUCAACUGCUUCUAUAUUUGAUGCUAGAAAACAAAAGUAUAGAAGAGUGUUAUAUAGGGGUCAUGUGUCUGAGACAUUUGUUCCUUACAUGGAUCCUACAAAGGAAUGGUAUUUCAGGACUUUUAUGGAUGCUGGUGAAUUUGGUUUUGGACGUGCAGCUGAUAGCUUGCAACCGAGGGUUGAUUGCCCAGGCAAUGCAGUGUAUAUGGAUGGUUAUAUGUCUGGGCCUAAUGGAGAGGUGCAACAGGUACCCAGGGCUAUUUGCAUUUUUGAGAGGAAUUCUGGCAAUGUGGCUUGGAGGCAUAUGGAAAUCAACAAUCCCAAAAAAUUGAUAAGAAAUGGAGAGCCUGAAAUUACAUUGGUGGUCAGAAUGAUUGCCACUGUGGGUAACUAUGAUUAUGUUCUUGAUUGGGAAUUCCAACGAAGUGGCAGCAUAAAAGUUGGGGUGGAUCUGACAGGCAUAAUGGAGAUGAAAGCAGUCCCAUAUACACAUAACAGUCAAAUAAAAGAAAAUGUUUUUGGAACCUUGGUGGCAGAAAACACCAUAGCCAAUUAUCAUGAUCACUACAUAACCUACUAUCUUGACCUUGACAUUGAUGAUAAUGGCAACUCUUUCAUCAAUGCCAAGAUACAAAGGGCAACUCCAACUGGCUUUGGAACACCAAGGAAGAGUUACUGGACUGUUGUUAGAGAAGCAGCAAAGAGGGAAGCCGAGGGUAGAAUUCGGCUCGGCUUGGAGCCAGCUGACCUGUUAAUAGUCAACCCAAAUAAAAGGACAAAGCUAGGGAACCAAGUGGGUUACCGGCUGAUCAGUGCACAGCCGGUUACUUCUCUUUUGUCCGAUGAUGAUUACCCACAAAGAAGAACAUCUUACACAAAGUAUCAGUUGUGGGUCACUCCCUAUAACAAGUCAGAGAGAUGGGCUGGAGGGUUCUAUGCUGAUAGGAGCCGUGGAGAUGAUGGCUUAGCCAUUUGGAGCCGGAGGAACAGAGAGAUUGAGAAUACAGACAUAGUGCUAUGGCACACAAUUGGGAUCCAUCACAUUCCUUAUCAAGAAGAUUUUCCUGCAAUGCCAGCAGUUCAUGGUGGAUUUGAACUGAGGCCAGCUAACUUUUUCGAAAGCAGUCCAUUGCUUUGA